UAAUAUUGCCAUUAUUCAAAAUCAAAAAACUACUACAAAUUUAAGACGUUCUCGUGUAUAUCAAAUUUAAGUAGAGUGACGACGAACCAUAGACAGAUUAAGAUGGCGCCAAGAUUCAAAUGAUUAUUCACCUUCUUUUGUUUGUAUUCCAAUGUCAACUUGGGUCGUGUUUCAGUCGGGAAACAAAGAUAAAUAUUUCUGUUUCAAAACUAAAAUUUACUAAAAUGUUGCUAAAUAAAUUGAGCUGUGUUCAAACGAAUAUAAUCUUCAACCUAUGCCAGAAGAAAAUAUGUUCGACGUUUGUCCGGAUGCAAUCAGUGAAGGCUCAAGAAAUGCCGAAUAAAUUAGAUAAUCCUGAAAUUCAAAUAGAUUCAGCUAAUGAGAUGGUUACGGAUAUAUAUCCAGCUCCACGCGUUGUUCCUAUGGUUUUAUCAAGAACGAAUACUGAAGUUUUGUCCUUCGAUCACGUACCGGGGCCUAAAGCUUUAAAAUAUUUUUCCAACCUGCGUCAAUAUUCUUUUCAGAUUGGAACGCAGUUGACUGCGGGAUUUCUGACUUUAGCAUUUAACAUAAGUAACUAUAUAAACUUGAAAAACCCUUUCACAAACAUGUCCGCACUUUUCGACGAGUACGGACCCGUGGUGCGUUUCGUAAGCCCAGUGGGGGCUGACAUCGUGUUCGUGAACCACCCUGAACACAUACAGAAGGUUUUCUCUAUGGAAGGCGAAUACCCCGUGAGGUCGGCGCUUGACUCGCUGGACAAGUACCGCGUCGAGAAGAACAGUAUUUUGGGACUUUAUUCUAUAAAAGGUGAAGACUGGGCCCACAGAAGGUCCCAAGUAUGCGCGCCUCUGCAUACGACAGUAUCUCAAAACAUGCAGAGCCUCAAGGAUGUAUGUGACGUCCUCUCGCGGAAGAUUUACACGCAGAGGAACCAUCAGGAUGAAUUGAAGACGGAUCUGUAUAAGGAACUGCAUAAAUGGACGUAUGAUUGUAUGGGGUUGAUAUUAUUUGCGCAAAAGUUCAACAUGUUGGAGACGGAAAUAAUAUACAACCAGAAUGACGUAUCAUGGCUGUACAACAGUUUGGAAAAGGCCACCGACGCCAUAAUCAAGUGCGAGUCGGGAUUCCACAUGUGGAAACUGUUUAGUACCCCUGCCUGGUAUUCGCUAAGGAAGCAUUGUGAUAUUAUAGAUAGUUUGAUUGGUAAGCACGUGCUGCAAGCAAGAGAAGCGUGCAGCGGCGACGACUCCUUCAAGAAAGUACGCCACAUUCUAGGUAUGGAGUCGGUGGCCACGGCGAUGAUUGUGGAGCAGCCUUUGAACGUGGAAGAUGUAGCCACUGUGUUGAUGGAUAUGUUGCUGAUUGGAGUCAAUACGAUUUCAUCAUCAACAUCUUUCCUAUUAUACUACUUGGCGAAACACCAACGGGCACAAAACAUCCUCAUGCAAGAAGUUGAUGCCCUAGUGACCAGCUCCAUGACGAGUGUGCAGACGCUCAAAGAUAACACGCCAUACCUCCAAGCCUGCAUUAAAGAGACAUUGAGAAUGGUGCCUCCCAUGCCAAUAGUUUCCAGGAUACUGCCAAAGAACAUAAUAUUGGAUAAAUACAAUAUCCCGAAAGGUACUCUAAUAAUUAUGGCGAACCAAGAUACCUGCCGAAAAGAGAGUAACUUUGAUGACGCUGACAGAUUUUAUCCAGAGAGGUGGCUCAAGGAAGAGUCUCGCGAUUAUCAUGCUUUUGCCUCCAUCCCCUUUGGUUAUGGGGCCCGAAAGUGCCUAGGACAGAGUAUGGCUGAAGCCAUGAUGUCUUUGCUUACAGUCCAGAUAUUGAAAAAGUUCAAACUGGAAUAUCACUACGGAGAUAUCAAGCCGACAAAGCAAUUCAUUUCCAAACCUAACAAACCACUGAAGAUCAGGUUUGUAGAUAGAAAUAAUUAGUAACAUGCUAUAAUACUAUUUUGUAUGUGAAUUUACAUGUUUAGUUUUCUUAUUUUACCAUUUUGUGAACCUACUUUUGUUUGGCUAUUCAAUAAUUUAAUAUCCAUAUUUGUUAAAAGAGUUAAAAGCCAAUUUAAAUUUAUUUUUGUUUGAUUAAAAAAAUAGUAAAAUAACAAUUCAACACAGGUCUUAGUGGAAUUAACUCAAUAUUAAGUUAACUGUUAUGCCCAAUUCGUCAUGCCAAUCACUAUCUGAUAACUGGUAGGUAUCCAAUCCAACAAGAUGUGUUUAAAAAAAUUGAAUAUGGAAAAAGUGGGAACUUGUCUAAAAAUGUAGAAAAACACAUUUUGCUAUUGCUAACAGCAAAUAAAUUACCUCAGUUAUCAUAAAUUAAAAUCACAAGUAUCUAACUUUAUCAAAUAAUCACUACUUCAACAAGUUUAGCAUGGUAGAAAAUGGCUUGAAUUUUAAAUGUAGGUCCUUGAUUAGAACUAUGGAAGCUCUAAGCAUAAUCUAUUAUUGUAUAAUGAAAAUGAUGUAAGACAAUGUGAAUUUUUUUCAAAUUAAUUUAUUUUACAGUCUUAGCACUUAGACUAAAUUUGUUAAUAUUGUGUAAUAAAAUGUUAUUUGAAAUAAAA